ACUGGAAAUUAACAAAGCAGCCAACAGCACUGGCCAUGUUGUUUUAGUUAAAAACAACAUCAACUUACCAGUUUACUGCUGUUGUAUCCGCACUAACUGUAUUGAACAAAAUGAGCACCGCUGUAGAUGUGGCCAGCAAGGCUUCAGGCAAGUUGGCCAACUACUUUGCGCUGCAGGCUGCGUUUGAGAAAGCCCUGGAAAAGGCCAUCACCGACGGCAACGUGGAGCUGCUGGUCAAGGAGUACAACAGCUUCACCGCCAACACCGAACAUGACAAGCGCCUGCCCAUGGACCACGCGUUCCGGGUGCUUCUAAUGAAUCGGCUGGAGGACGAUGUACAGCGCAUUGGCGACCUGGUGCGCCUCUCCGUGGAUGCCACGCGGGCCGAGAUCGUGUCCAACACCAUUCCGGUGGUGCUGCUCAUCGACACUUUCGACGUGGUCACGCUGGACAAAUGCCAGGAGAUCUUCCGGUUCGUCGAGGAACUGGUGGAGGUGUGGAAGGAGGAGAUAUUCUUCGCCUCGUGCAAGAACAACAUACUGCGCAUGUGCAACGACCUGCUGCGCCGCCUUUCUCGCACCCAGAACACAGUCUUUUGCGGCCGCAUUCUGCUCUUCCUCUCCAAGUUCUUCCCCUUCUCGGAGCGGUCUGGCCUGAACAUUGUGUCCGAGUUUAACCUGGACAACUUCACGGAGUACGGGCUGGACAGCAAAGACCACGACGAGAGCGACAACAAGGAGCUGGAGGACACCGCCGAGGACAUCCCCCUGAAGAUCGACUACGACCUGUACUGCAAGUUCUGGUCGCUGCAGGACUUCUUCCGCAAUCCCAACCAGUGCUACAACAAGGCGCAGUGGAAGAUGUUCCAGAUGCACGCCGAGAACAUACUGCAAUCGUUCUCGAGCUUCAAGCUGGAGGACGUGAGACAGAGUGGCAACGACAGUGCCAGCGAGGCUGGCCAAGCCAUGGAGGUGGACGAAGAGGCCGUUGAUCCUGCGGCGGUGACUGUCGUGAUCAAGGCGAAUCACUUCUUCGCCAAGUUUCUGACGAAUCCCAAGCUACUGGCACUACAGCUCUCUGACGCUAAUUUCCGACGUGCUGUGCUGGUGCAGUUUCUGAUACUCUUUCAGUACCUUCAAGUCAGUGUAAAGUUUAAGAGCGAUGCUUACACAUUAACCGCGGACCAGGCGGACUUUAUCAAGGAAACAGAGUCUCGCGUUUACAAAUUGCUAGAGGAGACUCCGCCCUACGGCAAGCGGUUUGCUCGAACUGUACACCACAUGCUUGUGCGCGAGGAGAUGUGGAAUAACUGGAAGAACGAGGGCUGUAAGGAGUUCAAAAAGCCGGAGGAGCCGGCACCCAACGAGGAGGACCUGAAGCCACCACCGUCCAAGAAACCAAGACGCCCAUUGGGCGAUGCAUUGCGCGAUGCAGCUCGCAAUGGCAAGUUCUUUUUGGGAAAUGAUAACCUGACCCGCUUGUGGAACUACUCUCCGGAUAACCUGCAGGCCUGCAAGAGCGAGCAGCGCAACUUCCUGCCGCUUCUGGAGACGUAUUUGGAGACGCCGCAUGAGAAGAUCGACCCCGCCUUCGAAUGGCGAGCCUUGCGUUUGCUAGCCCGCCAGACACCACUUUUUACCUCGCUCUCUCAACCCUCGAGCAAGAUCUCCGACUAUCUGGAGCAGGUGCGCAAGCGUCUCAUUCGGGACAAGGAGCCCAAGCCGGCAGCUCUGUUGUCGAGCAACUCUUCGGAGAACAGUUUUGGCCUGGCAGUUAACCAUGCUCAUGCAGAGGCCGAGCAGGAUGCCACUGUGGCCCUCCAGGACGCUGAGCCAGAGCAGGAUCUCGAGGUGGAGGACAACGAGCCGGUGGUGGAGGAGGUGGACGAAGUGCCAGCCCACGAGAAGCCGCUUAUGGUUACCAAAGAGCACAUCCAGGAGGUGGCCCCCUUGAUAGGUGAGCCCUGGAUGAAGGUGGGCAAGAAGAUCGGCUUCACCAACGACGAGCUGCUCUUCUUCCAAAUGGAGCACUCCACGGCCAACGUGGCCUGCGUCCAAAUGCUGACCAACUGGAUCUCCGAUGACGAUGAUGCCACGCUGGACAACUGGGCGUACAUGCUCGAGGGACUGGAGAUGAACAAGGCUGCCGAGGCGGUGAAGGCCAUCAUUGAGCGCGAGAAAUCGGGAUCUACUGCCGCGCCAGCCGUGCCCUCUGCCUCCGAUAACGACGUGGAGGUGCUGUCCGACUAGCAUACCACGCACUCAACCCACCCUAGUUAUAGGCCACUUUAGGUUCGUUCCAAUCAUCAAUCUUCUUUAUCACAAGUAAAAGUAUGGGCAUGUUCACUGUUAUCAACCAGA